AUGCCGGAGGAGCUGACGGAGCCCGGGCGCGCCACGCCGGCCCGCGCCUCCUCCUUCCUCAUCGAGAACCUGCUGGCGGCCGAGGCCAAGGGCGCCGGGCGCGCGGCCCGGGGCGACGGCGGCCGCGAGGACGAGGAGGACGACGCCGACGAGCGAGAGGACGCGGACGCCGAGCCGGCGCGGCGGCGGCGACUGCAGCGGCGGAGACAGCCGCGCGCGGGCACCGGGCCCGGCGGGGAGGCGCGGGCGCGGGCGCUGCUCGGGCCGGGCGCGCUGGGCCUCGGUCCCCGGCCGCCCCCCGGGCCCGGGCCGCCCUACGCCCUGGGCUGCGGAGGCGCCCCGCGCUGGUGCCCGCGGGCGCACGGCGGCUACGGCGGCGGCCUCAGCCCCGACAGUGAGUUGGGGCGUGCGGGGGUGGGCCGGGCGCGGGCGCUCGCCGACCGCGGCUCGUCGCCGCCCUGUGGGGAGCGGGUCUGCGUCGUGCGCGCCCCCACGGAGCCCCGGAGCGGGCGGGCGUGGAGGUCCACCGUCCGGGACAGGGGCCCCACGGGGACAGGGCGCCCCCAGGGUUGUUGCCUCCUGGCAGACCUGCCCUUUGGGGGGAAUCUCCUGGAUGACCAGGAAGCCACCCCCCCCACGCCGCUUUGCCAGCCACCCCCACCCCCAACCCCCAACGCACAGACCCUGUGA